AUGAGCUCCAGAGUAAUUGAAAAAGGAGUUCCUGGGCAGAACCAUAGAGCAGACCCAGAAGAGCUAUUCACAAAACUGGAACGCAUUGGGAAAGGCUCCUUUGGUGAAGUCUUUAAAGGAAUUGAUAAUCGGACACAGCAAGUGGUUGCUAUAAAAAUCAUAGACCUUGAGGAAGCAGAAGAUGAAAUAGAAGAUAUACAACAAGAGAUAACAGUUUUAAGUCAGUGUGAUAGUCCUUAUGUAACAAAAUACUACGGAUCGUAUUUAAAGGGCACAAAACUAUGGAUAAUAAUGGAAUACCUGGGUGGAGGGUCAGCUUUGGAUCUUCUGCGUGCUGGCCCAUUUGAUGAGUUCCAGAUAGCCACCAUGCUAAAGGAAAUCUUGAAAGGUCUUGACUACCUACACUCAGAGAAGAAAAUUCACAGGGAUAUAAAAGCUGCCAACGUCUUGUUAUCAGAACAAGGAGACGUUAAGCUUGCUGAUUUUGGAGUUGCUGGGCAGCUGACAGACACACAAAUUAAGAGGAAUACCUUUGUUGGAACUCCCUUUUGGAUGGCCCCCGAAGUUAUCCAGCAGUCGGCAUAUGAUUCAAAAGCUGACAUCUGGUCAUUGGGAAUCACUGCAAUUGAAUUAGCCAAAGGAGAGCCUCCCAACUCUGAUAUGCACCCAAUGAGAGUUCUGUUUCUCAUUCCUAAAAACAAUCCUCCAACUCUAUUAGGAGAAUUCAGUAAACCUUUUAAAGAAUUCAUUGAUGCAUGUCUGAAUAAGGACCCAACAUUUCGCCCUACUGCAAAAGAACUUCUGAAGCACAAAUUUAUUAUGAAAAAUGCCAAGAAGACUUCAUAUCUGACAGAACUGAUUGAUAGGUUUAAGAGAUGGAAAGCAGAGGGACAUAGCAGUGAUGAAAGUGAUUCCGAUGGUUCAGAUUCGGAGUCCAGUAACAAAGAAAAUAACUCUCAUCCAGAGUGGAGCUUUACUACAGUUCGGAAGAAGCCAGAUGCAAAGAAGCUACAGAACGGGACGGAUCAGGAUCUUGUUAAAACCCUGAGUUGUUUAACGAUGAUAAUCACCCCUGUGUUUGCUGAGCUCAAACAGCAGGACACAAAUAAUGCUAGCAGAAAGAAAGCAAUUGAAGAACUUGAGAAAAGCAUCAAUAUGGCAGAAGCAACAUGUCCAGGGAUCACAGAUAAGAUGGUGAAGAAACUUAUGGAGAAAUUUCAGAAGUAA